CCCUAUGGCAGAAGCGGUAUUCGCACAUGUGUUACAAAAGAAUGAGUUAGAAGAUCGAUUCUAUCUAAAUAGCGCGGGAACACAUUGUUACAAUCCCGGAAAUCCGCCAAGUACUAUUGUGAAAUCUAAUACCAAGGAUGUACUUACUCAACGGAAACUGGUUGCAGAAGAUGACUAUUAUGAAUUUGACUACAUGCUCUGCAUGGAUUCUAGCCAUUUGAUGUUUUUAAAUCAAUUAAAACCGGAAGGAUCAAGGGCCAAGAUUAUGCUGUUUGGAGAAUUUGAUCCACAAGGUGUUCGUAGUAUUGAUGAUCCCUAUUGUCGCAACUUAGAUGCAUAUGAGACGGUUUAUCAGCAAGUGUCAAGAUGCAGUGAGGCUUUCUUGAAACACUUAAAUUCCGCAUAA